UCUGGGGCCCGCAGGUGGCUCUGAUGUACCCAUAAGUAUCCCCAAGAUAUCUUAGAGGUGGCCACCAGGGACCCUAAUUUACCCCUGAGAGCACGUAAAAUCCCAGAGGUGAUGUUUCUGUGUCCCCAGGGAGAGAAAUCCUUUUUCCUGCAGCCGGGUGAGCAGCUCCAGGCUGGCAUCGAGGACGUCUAUGUGCUCUCUGAGGAUGAGGGGCUGCUUCUUCAGGCUCUGCAGACAAUCAAGGACACUGACGAGGAUGGGACGGAAGUGGUACGGCGUGCAGGGGACCGCUGGUUGGCCCGGGGUCCUCUCGAGUACGUGCCACCAGCUGAGGUGACUGUGCUGGAGCGACGCCGUGCGCUGGCCCUGGCUGAGAACGAGGGCAUCUAUGUGCGGGACAUCCGCACCGGCAAGGUGAGAGUCCUGUUCCCGCAGACCGGUUGGGUGCACAGUGCCCCUAAACCCACCCCAGUGCCCUUCACACUGCUUUUCAGUGUCUCUAGAAACCUUCCACAGCUCAUCCCAGUGCUUCCAGUAUCCCAUAUAGCUGCUUCCAGUACCUACAGAGCCCAUCUAAGAUCUCCAAGGGCCCCCCACAUCCCUUUGGAUACCCCUCCAAGGGCUCCCAGUAACUCCUUUCCUCUCUCAGUCCCUCAACAGUCCCUUCCCAGUGUUGCUGGGUUUCUGGGACUGCAGGACUCUAGGAUUCAAGGACUAGUAGUACUGGGCCCUGAGCUGGUGGUGCUGGGCCCUGGUGAGCAGCUGACGGUGCUGUCCCUAUCUGGAGGCCGCCCCAAACGGCCCCAUGCACGCCGCAGCCUCUGCCUACGCCUCGGCCCUGACUUCUGUGCUGACAUUGUCACCAUUGAGACAGCUGACCAUGCACGACUGCAGCUGCAGCUGGCCUACAACUG